CCCUAACGACCAACCGUCGCAGGCCCAUCGAUAUCAACGACAUGGACGUGCUGGAGAACCACGACGUGCUGGCCGACAUCCUCCGCCAUCUGCCGCCCCGCAGCCUUGCCGCCUGCCGCUGCGUGUGUGCGGCCUGGCGCGCCGCCAUCGACAACCACCGCCUGCUGCGCGCCGACCUGCUCCCGCUCUCGCUCGACGGCGUCAUCUACCAGACCCAAGAUUCGUUCAUCACCAAAAUCUUCUCCCGCACUUCCACGGCCGACCACGUCGUCGCCGCCUUCCAUGGCCUCGACGACAAGUUGCCUGAACUUAUGGACUGCUGCAACGGCCUCCUCCUAUUCUGGCACUAUGUCCUAAACCCCGCCACCCGGCAGGUGGCGCAGCUGCCCCCGCAGCCGCGCCCCUGCAAGGCAAUGGACUGUACUCGUUGCUGGGAUGAUCACUACCUCAUCUAUGACCCUACCGUGUCGCCACACUUCGAAGUGAUCUUGGUGCCAUACCCUCACCCGCACCACGAGAUGCCGGUGGGUCAUAUCUCCAGGCAUAUGUGCGGCCAUGGAUCAGUUGUCUCUGCAAUGGAAUGGCCACCUUCACCCUACAUCAUUCAUGUCUUCUCCUCAAAGACGGGGUGCUGGGAGAAGAGGUCAUUCCUACGACAGGGAGAGACCGCCGGAGCACUCGCCGACGUCAAAAUCAAACUGCCAAAUCUCGUAUGCUUUUUAUACCACGUCGCCUAUUGGCGGGAGGCACUCUAUGUUCGUUGUGGAGCCGGCUUUAUUAUGAGGUUAGAUUUGCGGAAUGACAUGUAUCAAGUUAUCGAGUUGCCAAAUGGAAAAGAAGGAACACCUCGUUUAGGAAAAUCAAAGAACGGUGUGUAUUGCGCAUUGCGCCACGGACGAUGCACAUUUGAGGUUUGGUUCCUGGAUGAAUCACAUGGUCGGAUGGAGUGGGUGUUCAAGAAUAAGGUCAACCUUGAGCCUAUAAGAGGAGAUUUUCGCAAGAAUCGUACCGACGAACAAUGGAUAGAAAAAUCAUGUGCUCCACUAAAGUGGGACGAAUCAAAGACUGACAUCAACCUGGAGCGCCUAGAUGACAACAACCAAGCACCGGUGGAGGAUGCUUAUGAUUGGAGCUCCGACAACGAAAAUGCUAUUGACACCGUACAAUGGCCUGGAGGUUGCAGCUUAAAUGCCUACAAUAUUCCUGCUUUUGAGUGUCUUGGAUUUCACCCCUACAAAGAAAUCGUCUUGUUCAAUAACAAUGAGAGGACACUCGCCUAUCACUUCAAAAGCUCAAAGGUUCGGCAUUUGGGCAAGAUGGAAGUCAAUCACCUGAGUAUGGGAAUGGAGGAGUCUUUUCCAUACGCUCCAUGUUGGGUGAGGAACUUACCUGGAAGUAGUUAAUUACAAUAUCUGUUCUACAUGUAUUUAUUUUGCAGUUUCAAACAUGCGUAAUUGCAAUAUUUUUAGGGAGUCUAUUUGGCACUUGACUGAUUUUUAAGAGGCCUUUUACAGUACAUCCUUUCAAUCAGAGUGGUCCAUUUUGUUAACUCAA